GUAACUGAAGACAGAAAACGGGCUCGCACGAAGACCCCAGAAGGAGGAAGGCAUUCGCCCCACGCUUGGCUCUGAGCAGGUCCCAGGAGACGCUGUGCGGUUCCUCUGAUCGGAUGCUGGGGAGCUCAUCGGUCCGAGGGUCUACACAUGAAGUCACCAUAAAGGGGGUGGCUCCCGCGUUGUCAGGACCCCGGCGCUGCGAGGCCAGGCUAAGAUGAGCAUAACCAGCGACGAGGUGAACUUCCUGGUGUAUCGGUACCUCCAGGAGUCAGGCUUUUCCCACUCGGCGUUCACGUUCGGUAUCGAGAGCCACAUCAGCCAGUCCAACAUCAACGGGACACUGGUGCCGCCCGCCGCCCUCAUCUCCAUCCUGCAGAAGGGGUUGCAGUAUGUGGAGGCCGAGAUCAGCAUCAACGAGGACGGCACGGUGUUCGACGGCCGCCCCAUAGAGUCCCUGUCCCUGAUCGACGCGAAUACGAGGCUGUUUGGAGGCAGGGGUGGGGUGGCGGACAUUCUGACAGUGAUGGCAGCUACCGAUGGGAGUAUCCCAGAUAAAGAGGUGACACCUCAGAAAGGAGUUUCUAAGAGGGAAAAUGCCCGAGCACCGGGUCCCCCCUGCAUCGGUCAGCCACGCGUCCUUCCUUAUUCCCCUGCUGCAGAUAAUCAUUCGAAACCCAUGGACAUAGACGGGGACGUUGAGAUUCCGCCCAGCAAGGCCACCGUCCUCCGGGGCCACGAGUCCGAGGUGUUCAUCUGUGCCUGGAACCCCGUCAGUGAUCUGCUGGCUUCCGGAUCGGGAGAUUCCACCGCGAGGAUAUGGAACCUCAACGAAAACAGCAACGGCGGCUCCACGCAGCUCGUGCUGAGGCACUGUAUACGGGAAGGGGGGCACGACGUCCCCAGUAACAAAGACGUCACCUCGCUGGACUGGAACAGCGAUGGGACACUGUUGGCUACAGGUUCCUAUGAUGGUUUUGCAAGAAUAUGGACGGAAGAUGGUAACCUGGCCAGCACCCUAGGCCAACAUAAAGGCCCCAUUUUUGCCUUAAAAUGGAACAAAAAGGGUAAUUACAUUCUGAGCGCCGGUGUAGACAAAACCACGAUCAUCUGGGAUGCCCACACGGGCGAAGCCAAACAACAGUUUCCGUUUCAUUCUGCCCCGGCACUCGAUGUGGACUGGCAGAACAACACUACGUUUGCCUCCUGCAGCACAGACAUGUGUAUCCACGUUUGCAGACUCGGCUGUGACCGCCCUGUCAAAACCUUCCAGGGACACACAAACGAGGUCAACGCGAUUAAAUGGGACCCUUCCGGAAUGUUGCUGGCCUCCUGCUCCGACGACAUGACGCUGAAGAUCUGGAGUAUGAAGCAGGAUACGUGUGUCCACGACCUUCAGGCUCACAGCAAAGAGAUCUAUACCAUAAAGUGGAGUCCCACCGGGCCGGCCACCACCAACCCCAACUCCAGCAUCAUGCUCGCAAGCGCUUCGUUCGAUUCCACGGUGCGGCUGUGGGACGUGGAGCGUGGCGUGUGUGUCCACACGCUGACCAAGCACCAGGAGCCCGUGUACAGCGUGGCCUUCAGCCCCGACGGCAAUUACCUGGCCAGCGGCUCGUUCGACAAGUGCGUGCAUAUCUGGAACACGCAGAGCGGGAGUCUCGUGCACAGCUACCGAGGCACAGGCGGCAUCUUCGAGGUGUGCUGGAACGCCCGAGGAGACAAAGUGGGGGCCAGCGCGUCCGACGGCUCCGUGUGCGUGUUAGAUCUGCGAAAGUAGACACAGCGUUUCGGAACAAAAAGCAAAGAAUUCUCAUGGACCAGCAGCAGCAAGCGUGUGCGGUCGCAGCACGCUUCAGACACAAUUCCGUCGGCUCCCAAACUGUAGGAACGUGGCUCGCGUCCGUGCGUCCUUCGAAACCGACUCAUCCCUGGCCACAGGAGUCUCUUCUUCUUCUUCUUCUUUUUUUUUUUUUUUAUUUCUUUCGUAAUCCGCAUCAAGACGUUUCCAACAAAAACACACAGUCACGUCCCAGGGGGAAAGGCUCGGUGUCCGCGUGGAACGCUGAGCCUGCCGAGCACGGAGCGGCAGCUGGAGAGGCGCCGUGCACACUCCGGUGCCCAUCCCGACGGGCUCCGGUGGCCGACAGGGCGGGCGAAAAAUACCAAUUAAAAAAACAAACAAACAAAAAAACACAACCUGUGCCAAAAACACAAGAGAAAGAAAGGAAAGGAAGAAGUCGUGCGAACCCCAAAGGCGGCGGAAAGUGCUCUUCCCCGUGCUGGGUUCUCUCUUCCCCCUAAGAAUUCGGACACUACAGUGAACUCUCGCAAAGGACCCGUUUGUACCGAUGAAAUGCGCCACUUUGUAAUCCCAACACUUCCUGUUUUCCAGAA